AUGAAUACUACACACUGUUCGCUUACAUUUCAGCCUGUGCUGCUUAAUAUCACUGAGGACUUCAAUGACUCAAUCCUCCUCAACAACCGAAGCAGCAAUGGAUUCUGUGAGCAAGUCUUCAUUAAAGCAGAAGUCUUCUUGACUUUAGGGAUCAUCAGCCUGCUGGAAAACAUCCUUGUCAUCCUCGCAGUGCUGAAGAAUGGAAAUCUACAUUCUCCCAUGUACUUUUUCCUCUGCAGCUUGGCAGUGGCAGACAUGCUAGUGAGCAUGUCAAAUGCCCUGGAAACUAUCAUGAUUGCAAUCCUAAGCAAUGGCUAUUUGGUUAUUGAUGACCACUUUAUCCAGCAUAUGGACAACGUGUUUGACUCAAUGAUCUGUAUCUCCUUGGUAGCCUCCAUUUGCAACUUGUUGGUUAUAGCUAUUGACAGGUACAUUACUAUUUUCUAUGCUCUCCGUUACCACAGUAUUAUGACUGUGAGGAAAGCCUUAAUCCUCAUUGUGGUCAUUUGGAUUGCUUGCAUAAUCUGUGGCAUCAUCUUCAUUGUCUACUCAGAAAGCAAAACUGUUAUUGUCUGUCUCAUCACCAUGUUCUUCACCAUGCUUCUUCUCAUGGCCUCCCUUUAUGUUCACAUGUUCUUGUUUGCACGCCUGCAUGUUAAACGGAUUGCAGCCCUCCCAGUAGAUGGGGUGCCCCACCAGCGUACUUGCAUGAAGGGAGCUGUGACAAUCACCAUCCUACUUGGGGUCUUCAUUGUUUGCUGGGCACCUUUCUUCCUUCAUCUCAUUCUCAUUAUUUCUUGCCCAACAAACCCAUACUGUGUAUGCUACACUUCCCACUUUAACACAUAUCUUGUCCUGAUUAUGUGCAACUCCAUAAUUGACCCCCUCAUUUACGCUUUCCGGAGUCUGGAGAUGAGAAAGACAUUCAAAGAAAUAAUAUGUUGCUGUUAUGGCAUGAGUGUGGGACGAUGCAUGCUGUAAUCAUUUGGCUUUUUACUGGGGACAGAAAAGGUAUGAAUAUAUCGGAUGUAGAUAUACAUACAUGUGUGUGGGGGGUAGGAGUUAGCAACUCUACACUGCAACCAGUGAUUAAAGGAAAGACAGAACAAAAAGAGAGGGGAGGUUUUACUUGAUGUCUUUAAAUGUUAGGCUCUCAGAAAAGAAAGACAGAGAGUGAUCUACUAUCCAAGGCGAUAACAGAAGUAAAGCCAGAGUGCUUUGCGAAGCAGCUCAGAGAGUCUAACUUCUCUGCAAAAAAUGAAUUUGCUAAGUAAUGUACUAUAAAUGCUAUAUUGCAAAGACUUAUGUAACAGUCUUUCCCUUUUACCUGUUGCUAUUGUUUUAUUUCUGCGCCGUCACCAACCAAAAAUCAGUAUAAUCUGAAAGAGGCAUCUUGAGAAAUGCUACUGAAAACUGUUCAUUUCCAAGAGAAAUCAGAACAUCAAAGAAACAACAGCAGUAGCUUGUAGUCACUGUUACACACAUUUCUGCUUUUCAGAGGGAUUAUAUUGAUGUUUAUGCUGCUUCCCCUAAAGCAGCCUAGGAGAAGUCUUUAAUUAGUAAAGGCAAAAAGUAUUCCUGAAACACUGAAAUAUUGUUUUAAUACCAGUCAGCUAACAGAGCCAGGAGACCUACCCCAUGCUUUAAGCAAAAGUGGGGACUAGAGAGCUCAUCAGUGAAAGGGGAUCAUUCUAAUCAGGCAUUUACAUUCUACAUGAGCAUCAACUCAUUAAAGGUAACACUGUAAUUUUGCUACACUAAGCAAUGAAUUCUUGAUUAUAUUAAUAAAGCAAAUCACCGCAAGUCAUCUUUUGGUGAGAGGUUACUGGUUAAAACAUAGAGAAGAGCUAAAAUAGCACGUACUUUGACCUAAGGUUUGGUCUGUACUUUGAACUUAGUGAAGUAAGUGAAGGCAAACAGUGUAAGGGUAGCAACGGGCUGACAAAGAACUACCUGCAAGAAGAAAGGUGUAGACAAAGCAUCGCAUCCUUGGGCUUAGGGAUAGAAACACUGGGUCUGAAUCUCUUUUUACUUAGAACAGGCUUCACGGUGGUGUAAAUAUUUUGACUUCAGGGGACUUGCUUCCGACUGAAAGAAGAAUGA